AUGAAUGCCUCGUCGCUCAUUCCCUCCCGAUUUCGGGGAGAGCAGCCUGCCUCCCAGGCUGCUGCUCCGUCUUGGCUCAACACCAAGAUCACGCCCUUCUUGCAAUCCCUCUCGAGUCUCUCGUCCUCGCACCCGAUUCAGACCGUGGUCAUUGUCGCCCUGCUGGCAAGCUCCACCUACAUUGGCCUCCUCGAAGAGUCCCUCUUUGAUGUCUCGCGCAGCGUGCGCAAGGCCGACUGGGGCUCUCUGACCGAGGGCAGCCGAAGCCUGCGAGCUGGCCCCGAUACCGCCUGGAAGUGGCAGACCCAGGAAUCCGAUGCGUCUGUGUCUUCUGCUGUUGACCACCUCGCCCUCCUGACUCUCAUCUUCCCCGACUCCCUGUCCAACGACGCUCCCAAGACGGCUCCUCUCCUCCAGACCGUUCCUAUCCCCGAAAACCUCUCCGUUACGCCGCUGCCGUCGACAUCGAACAGCCUGACGUCGUACUCGCAGGACAGCGCCCUGGCCUUCUCCGUCCCCUACGACCAGGCCCCCGAGUUCCUUGCCACCGCGCAAGAGAUCCCGAACGAUAUUCCUGGCCAGGAGACCAUUGAGACUGCCAAUGGCAAGGAGAAGAAGAUGUGGAUCAUGAAGGCCGCUCGCGUGCAGACCAGGAGCAGUCUUGCCAGAUGGAUUCACAACGCCUGGAUUGAGUUCAUUGAUCUGCUCAAGAAUGCCGAGACCCUCGAUAUCAUCAUCAUGGUCCUGGGAUACCUCUCCAUGCACCUGACCUUCGUUUCUCUCUUCCUCUCGAUGCGCCGCAUGGGCUCCAACUUCUGGCUCGCCGCCAGCGUGCUGUUCUCCUCCGUCUUCGCCUUCCUGUUUGGCCUCAUUGUCACCACCAAGUUGGGAGUCCCUAUCAGCGUCGUUCUGCUAUCCGAGGGACUGCCUUUCCUGGUUGUCACCAUUGGUUUCGAAAAGAACAUCGUCCUUACCAGAGCUGUGCUCUCGCACGCCUUGGAGCACAGGCGCUCUCAAGAGAGCACCGCCGAGAAGGACGCGGUCAACAACUCGGGCAUCAUCCACUACGCUAUUCAGAUGGCCAUCAAGGAGAAGGGCUACGAAAUCCUCAAGGACUACGCCAUCGAGAUUACUCUUCUGAUCGCUGGUGCUGCCUCUGGCGUGCAGGGAGGCCUGCAGCAAUUCUGCUUCCUCGCCGCCUGGAUUCUGGUCUUUGACUGCAUUCUUCUCUUCUCGUUCUACGCUGCUAUCCUGUGCAUCAAGCUUGAGAUCAAUCGCAUCAAGCGCCACGUUGAGAUGCGCCGCGCUCUGGAGGAUGACGGCGUCAGCCGCCGCGUUGCCGAGAACGUUGCCAGGAGCAACGAUUGGUCUCAGGAGGAUGGCAAGGGUGGCCAGUCCAUCUUUGGUCGCCGAGUCAAGAGCACCAGCGUUCCCAAGUUCAAGGUUCUCAUGGUCUCCGGCUUUCUUCUUGUCAACGUCUUGAACCUUUGCACGAUUCCUUUCCGCUCCGACUCCUUCGCGUCCAUCUCGUCCUGGGCUGGUGGACUCGGUGGUGUUGUGACUUCGCCUCCUGUUGAUCCCUUCAAGGUCGGCGCCAAUGGACUUGAUGCUCUCCUCGCGUCUGCCAAGGCGCAGAAUCAGGAGACCGUCGUCACGGUGCUCACCCCGAUCAAGUACGAACUGGAGUUCCCCUCUAUUCACUACGCUCUUCCUCCGGCAAAGACGACAUCCGAGACAGGCGACGAUUUGGCCAACCUCGGUAUGGGUGGCCGCAUGGUUGGUGGUAUACUGAAGAGCCUGGAGGACCCUGUCUUGUCGAAAUGGAUCGUCGUUGCUCUCGCUCUCAGUGUAGCUUUGAACGGGUACCUGUUCAACGCAGCGCGCUGGGGCAUCAAGGACCCCAGCAGCCCACAGCACCCGAUCGAUCCCCAGGCUCUUGAGGAGGCGCAAAGGUUCAACGACACCGAGUCGGCCACGCUACCCCUCGGCGAGUACAUGAGGCGGUCUCAAUCAAGGGUGCAGCUCACCCCGGCCUCGACAGAUGACGAGAAUGACCUUUUGGCUAUGCGAAACAGGGAAGAGCUGAACUCGCCUCAAAUUUCCCAUACCCAAGCCGAGAUCGACCAACUUCUCGAGGAGAAGCGUGUCCACGAACUUACUGACGAGGAGGUCGUCGCCCUCUCACUCGACGGCAAGGUUCCCAGUUAUGCGCUGGAGAAGUCACUGAAGUUCGAUUUCACUCGGGCUGUCAAGCUCCGCCGUUCGAUCAUUGCGCGAACUAAGGCUACCACGGAAUUGACUGGUCUGUUGGAUCGGUCCAAGCUCCCCUACGAGAACUACAACUGGGCUCAGGUCUUUGGUGCGUGCUGCGAGAAUGUCAUUGGCUACAUGCCUCUGCCUGUCGGCGUCGCCGGCCCUCUGGUCAUUGAUGGCCAGAGCUAUUUCAUCCCUAUGGCCACCACGGAGGGUGUGCUCGUCGCCAGCGCGAGCCGUGGCUGCAAGGCCAUCAACUAUGGUGGCGGUGCUGUGACUGUCCUGACGGCGGACGGUAUGACGCGCGGACCCUGCCUGAGCUUCGAGACCUUGGAGAGGGCUGGCGCCGCCAAAUUGUGGGUGGAUUCGGAUGUUGGCCAGGCCACGCUGAAGAAGGCCUUCAACUCGACGAGUAGGUACGCUCGUCUGCAGACGACAAAGACCGCCCUCGCAGGCACCAACCUGUUCAUUCGGUUUAAGACGACAACUGGCGAUGCCAUGGGCAUGAACAUGAUUUCCAAGGGUGUAGAGCAUGCCCUGAGCGUCAUGAUGAACGAGGCCGGUUUCUCCGACAUGGAUAUCAUCUCUUUGAGUGGCAACUACUGCACGGACAAGAAGGCUGCUGCCAUCAACUGGAUUGACGGUAGAGGAAAGAGCGUCGUCGCCGAAGCCAUCAUCCCUGGCGAUGUUGUGAAGAGCGUCUUGAAGAGUGAUGUUGAUUCCUUGGUCGAGCUGAAUAUCAGCAAGAACCUCGUGGGUUCUGCUAUGGCCGGCUCUAUUGGCGGUUUCAAUGCUCACGCCGCCAACCUGGUCGCUGCCAUCUUCCUUGCGACGGGUCAGGAUCCGGCUCAGGUUGUGGAGAGUGCCAACUGCAUCACGAUCAUGAAGAAUCUCCGUGGCUCUCUGCAAAUCUCCGUGUCCAUGCCGUCGAUCGAGGUCGGUACCCUCGGUGGUGGUACUAUUCUCGAACCUCAGGGAGCCAUGCUCGACAUGCUCGGCGUCCGCGGCUCGCACCCGACCAACGCCGGAGACAACUCUCGGCGCCUGGCCCGCAUUGUCGCAGCUACUGUGCUUGCUGGCGAGCUGUCGCUGUGCUCUGCGCUCGCUGCCGGCCAUCUCGUCAAGGCUCACAUGGCUCACAACCGCUCUCAGCCUCCCACGCGGUCCAGCACCCCCGCUCCCAGCGGUGCCAUGACCCCCGUCGGGCUGGCCAUGACCAGCGCGGUGGAGAAGGCCGCCAGGUCGCCUGACCCGCUCAGCGCUGCGGCCAUCGAGCGGGCCAAGAGAUGA